GACAAUUACAAGAGAGUAGUGUUACUAUUACAUAGUCACAGAAAAAUGGCAAAUAGAAUUUCCCUAGUUAUGUCACACAAAAAUUUGGUCAAACACCUCCACUCAACUAGUACUAAAAAUGCAAAUGCUCAUGUGCAUACUCAAGGUGGUGAUUCAAUUGUAGGAGCAGCAGCACAAGGGGCAGUGAAGGCAACAGAGGUUUUGGAGAAUGUGGGAGAAAGGGCUAAGGAGACUGUGGGCACAGCUUUGGAUGCAGCAAAGAAGACUACAAAGUUGGUGACAGAGACAACAACAACCAUGGUUGAGGCUGAUACCAAUGUUGUGGACACAGUUGAGUACAGAUGUACUGAAGAUUUGGGGGGCCAGCUUGGAGAUGGCCAUGAUAGUUAUAAUUGAAUGGGAGUUUAUGGGAAUUGAUUAGGGGUCAUCCUAUGAUUUUUCUUGUUGUGACUUCAAUAUAUUAUGACUUAUAAAAGAUUGAAGAAAAGGAAUACUGAAGUUAAUGUUCUGCUCAUUUUGUUGUCUAUGAUCUAUGAACAUAGGAAGCCAUAUAUUGUAUAAUGCCAUUUGAAUCAUCUUGUGUUGUUUAAAGCAAACUCACCACUAAAAACACA